UUGCAAAGUUUCUUCUGAAAUUAAGCACCAAGCACAAGAAACAAGAGAUAAGCCUUCUAAAAUAAUACAGGAAAAUAUUAUUAAUACACCUGAAGCAAUUAGAUCAUAUCUUCCUUCAACAAACGCCUGUCGUAGAAAAAUUCAACGUGUAAGACAUGCAGGAUUACCACCUCAACCGCAAAAUAUUGCCAAAUUCGAUAAUGAAAUUGAUCUCUAUUCUCCUAGAAUCAUCACCGAUUUUGAAGUCGCUGCAAUAAAUGCAUCACGGUUUAUGUUUCCUGGAGUUAUAAAUAAGGCAUGUUUCUUUCAUUUGGGGCAGAACGGAUGGAAGAAGAUACAAAAAUGUGGAUUAGCAA